AUGACCACGCCUGUAUUGGAGGAUGUUGAGGACCCACAGGAUGCGGAAGCGUGGGCAGCGCUUGUAAGCACAUUAAAACAACUUGAGCGUGAAAAUGCGGAACUCAAAGAAACGGUCCGGUUUCUCUCCAACAAACUCAUAGAUUAUGGCCACGAAGAAGACUUGACGCUGAUACGAGUGUCUGGGUCCGGCUCAGGAAUCCGUAUUGAAGACCUGCCGGACGAAAUAUUGUUACUGAUUUUCCGGGAGGUUGUGCCUCCACAGUGGAUGCUAAACCGGAUCAAGGAGCUAGUCCCCGAUUCCCUCGAAUCCUUUGAUUUAGAAGCCAAAACGUCACUUGCUCUGGUAUGCAAACAGUGGAAUCUGAUAGCAACCGAAAUGCUUUACAAGAAUAUCUUUUUGCGGCGGGUUGGACAGGUACCUGCCCUGGCACGCACCCUUCAAAACACAAGCGCUCUGAGGCUUAUUGUCCGCCAUCUCAAUCUGAGUUGCUUCGUGCCACGCGCCUAUCAGAAGCUAUUCGAAGCCCAAACAAAUCAGAUCCUCGAUAUGUGUCCUGGCCUCACUCACUUUGGGCUGACCCCGUUAUACCGCAUCCCAACCACAGAAUACAUUCAUGCCUUUCUCUCCUUGAAAACCACGAUAACGCGGCUCGAAUUCACCGAACAAAUCAACUUCACAUUCAUUCUCGCAUCUGUCACGCAGCUUUGUCAGGGUCUGCGUUCUCUCAGUCUCUCUUUCACCGAAAACUAUCAGGACUCGUACCCCUACUUGGAUUUUCUGAAGCUAGAAGAGCUCCGGGUGAAACAACUCACACAAGACUCAGAUGAGUCCAUGUUAACACCUACCCUCUGGAAUUGGUCGAUGCCAGUCCUACAACGACUGUGGUUUACUUCGUGUCGAAGCGAUGAUUUUUCCGAAAGCUCAUUCACCUUGCUAUUCUUGAAGAAGUAUGCAGCGUCUGUUAUUUUUCUUUCCUUGAGCAUUGCUUGUUGCAUACCGCUCCAGAAAGACAAUCUUUGUCCCAAGCUUCAACACCUCUGUGUUGAGGUUUCCAGUAGGCAAGAGACAUGGUUCCCAGUAGACGGUCACACCAGCCUUGCAUACGUAGAUGUAUGGUGUCAACCUAACCGUGCAUCCAAAGCCAUUCCUCCUGACCUCAAAUCCCGCUUCCCGGCUCUUAAACUCUGUCGACUGUUUGAUUGGAGUUUCCGCUACUUUGAGGAGCUUUCUGUGCAAUUCCCGCCUGGCUUGCCUGCGAUGCGAAGCGAACUUGACAUGAAGCAGCGGGGGCUCCAACAACAACGGCCAAGCUUUCGUGCUCUGCUUCAAGACGCAGAGCAGUUACCUCGGCCAGCAUGGAUGACCGCGAUUUUCGACGUCAUAUCGCCCGCGUCCGUAAACGGCCAAUCCAACUUGGACGACAUCGAGGGUGUUGUUUUACCUGUUGAUGAGAAUCCGGAAGAAUGGACGGAUGGACGGUUUAUUUAUCACCGCGAAUCCGAUGGGGACUCCGAUUCCACCGUUGAUGAGGGAAGUGUUGGGUGUUUGCAGGACGGACGCGAAUUUUAUCAGGAUGAAGAUUGGCAAGCGGAUGCAGAAGAGGCACUCGAUAUAUUCUCUUCCAUGCAAGAGUAG